CCAACAUAUAUGCCUGUUACGGUGUUACCUUAACUUCCGGAUUACUAACCCUAAUUUCAAAUUCAUGCGCUUUCAAAUUCGCUAAAAUUCCUUCGCUCGACCAUAUUGCUGUUUGAUGAGAACCAAAAUCACCGGAGGAGCUAGGGCCAGGCUCAUUCGUCUUCCACCCAAACCUUCCUCUAAGGCUCUUAACUACCUCUGUCCGCCAUGUCCUUGUGAAGAAAAGACUGAUUACUCUCACAAUGAUACGCCAGUCAACCAAAUUCAUAACAAUGGUGUACAAAACAUAGCGUCUGACACAUUAGAUGUUGGACAGUGUCAUGGCCAAGAUUCUAGUACAAGUGCUGGAAAAAAUCUUAAUAGGAUACAGAGUAACAUAAGUGAAAAAGAAGAGGAUUUGUCGGAAAAGAGCAAUGGUGUACAAAAACUAGCAUCUGAAACAUUAAACAAUGGACAGUAUCAUGACCUAGCUUCGAAUACAAGUGCUGAAAAAGAUUUUGCAACAAAAAAGAGUAACAUAAGUGAGCAAGAAGAUUGUUGGGACAUGGGUUGUUCGGAAAAAGAUAUUUGUAUUAAAUGUGAUAAAGGUAGCAAGGUGUUCGUUUGCAGUGGCAGUUGCUGCCCUAUAGCUGUUCAUGAGAAGUGCAUGGGCUGUCCACCUCGAUUUGGUGAGAAGGGAAAUUUCUACUGUCCGUACUGCUGGUAUAAACAAGCUAUAGCAGAUUCACAUCAAGCAAGAGAGAAGGCAAUGCUAAAAAAGAAAGCUUUAUCUAAUUUUUUAGAUAAUGGAAUGAUGUAUAAAGAGCAACAAAAGCAAAAGGUUGGGAUAGCUAAGAGGAAGGAGAUAAAUUUAUCAACAGUUGAUGUACGUAUUAAUUGCUCCAUAAGCAGGAAUAGGCCGGACAGUAAGGAUGUUCCAAAUCAGUCCAUCCAAUUGGAAGAAGAUCGACAAGAAGAAAGGUUUUCUCAUGAAUGCACUAAAAGUGCUAAACCAUGUAAAGGAGGUGAUGUGUCAAUUGUACGGAAGCAAAUUCAUGUCUUACCGAGCAUGUGUGAUGAGUAUGCUAAACAAAAUAAUUGUGAUAAUCAUGGGAUGGUGGUUGAAAAUCAAACAAACUUGGAGCCUAUCAUUGCCUGUGGUGAUGGUUUAUGUUGUAGAGAAGAAGGGACAGCACACCAAUUUGAAAUGGUAGAAGUUGGUAUUAGUGUUCAAAAAAACCAUCAAAGACAACUUGCUGACAACCAACAUGAGAGAGCUGUUCAGGAUCAACAACAGGCAGGGAAUUUGAAUGCUUCUCCUGUAGAAGAUGAAACGACUUCAGAUGGUGCACUAAAUGUUUCAACCAAAAGAAAACGGAAAAAUGCACGGAUAUUGAAAGAGAAUGAAGGUAGAAGAGCAGAAGAAGAACAGGGGCAGGAGCAAGUCCAGGAAAAACAAAAGUAUAAAAAUGCAUCACAGCCUCUGAAUCUUGAUCCCCGAGGUAGAUCAUUGAGGAAAUCAUCUUCUGAACAAAGAAGCAAUGCGGUGCCAAAGGAGAAAAAUGAAACUGCUAGGAAUGUGAGACAACUUGAAGGGCCUUCUAAACGGUUGUGAGUGGUCAAUAACUUGAGAAUGUUUGAAGUCUUAUAUUCUUCACAAAGAUCAUGCUGAAAUGGAAUUGAUUAUAUUCUGAAAUAGCAGUUAGUAGAGUGUUGAUGUGUGUUGAUAAUUGUUGCCUGCGGUUUUUCCUUUGCAGUGUGCACCCAACGUUUCCUAAUGCAAGGCGUAAGAAACUACUAUGGAGGGAUGAAGAGGAAGAAAUGCUAAAGGAAGGAGUUCAGAAAUUCUCCACCACAGCAAACAAAAAUCUCCCAUGGAGGAAAAUCUUGGAGUUUGGUUGUCGUGUAUUUGAUGAUACUCGUACUCCUGUUGACCUUAAGGAUAAAUGGAGGAAUAUGUUGGCCAAAGAAUGCACAAGAAGAUAGCAGAAGGUGACUUUGAUUAAGAUGAACUUGAGAUGCAGGAGGUAACUUUGUGAUUAAAUGGUAUAUCUGCCUAAUUGAUACUUUUUGUUGAAAUGUCUAUUUUUGGGGUAUCCGAGGGGGUGGAUAUCAGCGGUUGGUGAAAGGAAUGAAAGAGUAGAUAUUCUUCCAUCUUUAAUCUUAGUGUCUAUCAACCUUUGUUUUAUCAAUCGUGCAACCGUAUCUCAACUAGGACUUGAGCCUAUCACCUUCCUCUUUGGGAAAGGCAGAAGAUACCAGUCAAACUAACAGCUGAUAAUGCCACAGCUGACUUUGGUUGAUAACUGUGCUCG